UUCUACCGCCUCUCUUCGCAAGCUUUCUCGUAUGCCUGCACCUACUGGUUUGUCUGAAGCCGGAAAUGUGCGUGGUAAUGCCUUGGUUUUUAUGGCACAAAAGUGUCCCGUUAUGGGAAAAGCCAUGGCUAUUCAAAGCAAAAGUUAUCUUCAUACCUCUGCUAGGUUGGCGAAACAACCUACUUCUCCUUUGAAACAAGCUUCAGUCGUUCAAGAAAGCCGUGAUACUACUCAUCGUGAUGCUUAUUCAUUCGCUCAAAAACAUCCUGUAGUUCAUUCUACUAAUGAUCAGCACUUUGAUUAUGAAGCUUUAUAUAAAUGUGAACUUGAUAAAAAACACAAUGAUAAAAGCUAUCGUUACUUUAACAACAUUAAUCGUUUGGCUCAACAAUUUCCCAAGGCUCAUACCGCUAAUUUACAAGAAGAAGUGACUGUCUGGCGUACCUUGCACAAAUAUGGGGCCGGUGCAGGUGGUACUCGUAAUAUUGCAGGUAAUUCUGCCUUGCAUUUACAACUUGAAGCGGAAUUGGCUGACCUUCAUCAUAAACCUGGUGCCCUUUUAUUCACCUCUUGUUAUGUCGCUAAUGAUGCGACUUUAAGUACUUUGGCCUCAAAACUUCCUGGAUGUGUCAUUUUCUCUGAUGCUUCGAACCAUGCUUCCAUGAUUCAAGGAAUUAAACAUUCCGGUGCUAAAAAAAUGAUCUUUAAACAUAAUGAUUUACAAGAUCUUGAAACUAAACUUCAAUCUGUUGAUAUUAAAACUCCAAAAAUUAUCGCUUUUGAAAGUGUCUAUUCCAUGUCCGGUUCCAUAGGUCAUAUCGAUAAAAUUUGUAAUCUCGCAAAAAAAUAUGGUGCAAUUACAUUUUUAGAUGAAGUUCAUGCUGUGGGAAUGUAUGGUCCACGUGGUGGUGGUGUAUCUGAGCAUUUGGAUUUUGAUUUAAAUGCUCGCUUUCCUCACGAAAACAAUGGCAGUAUUUUGGACAAGGUUGAUAUUAUCUCUGGUACACUUGGUAAAGCCUUUGGUGUAGUUGGUGGUUAUAUCGCUGGUUCUGCCGCCAUGGUUGAUAUGAUUCGUUCUUAUGCUCCCGGUUUCAUAUUUACCACUUCUCUCCCUCCGAUCGUUACCGCUGGUGCCAGGGCUUCUGUUCAGUAUUUAAAAGAAUCCACCAAUGAACGUGUGAUGCAACAAUUAAACACCAGAAUGCUCAAGGAUCGUUUAGCCGAACUUGACAUUCCAGUUAUUCCAAAUCCUUCUCAUAUUGUUCCAGUGCUUGUAGGCGAUGCUGAGAUUUGCAAGAUGGCCUCUGAUCAAUUGUUGCAUGAUCAUGGAAUAUAUGUGCAGUCUAUUAACUACCCAACUGUUGCUAAAGGUGAGGAACGGUUGAGGAUUACUCCUACGCCUGGUCAUUCUGAAAAAAUGACUGACGAGCUUGUUUAUGCCUUGGAAACCAUUUGGAGAAAGAAUGGUUUAAAGAGAGUCAUUGAUUGGAAACAAGAAGGUGGAAGAGCCGGUGUUGGGACUGAUGACCCCAUUCCGAAACCAGUUUGGACCGAUGCUCAAUUGAGAGUUGUAGUUGAUCCUGGUGUUUCCAUUAGAUCUAAUGUUGCGGCCCAAUCCUUUUUGUGA